CGGCGGCGGCGGCCGCGGGGCUGCGGCCGGGCCCCGGUGCCGGGCAGGCGGCGGCGGCGGCGGCGGGAGGCGAGGCCUGCGGAGGCCUCAGGGGCGUCCCGGCCGCGCUGGGCAACAACACGCACCCGUGCGUCUUCGACGACCUCAGCGGCUCCGUGUCCCUGUCCUGGGUGGGCGACAGCACGGGGGUCAUCCUCGUCCUGACCACGUUCCAGGUGCCCUUGGUGAUCAUGAGCUUUGGCCAGUCCAAGCUCUACCGCAGCGAGGACUAUGGGAAGACCUUCAAGGACAUCACCCACCUCAUCAACAACACCUUCAUCCGCACCGAGUUCGGCAUGGCCAUCGGACCCGACAAUUCGGGGAAGGUCAUCCUGACGGGCGACGUGUCCGGCGGCAGCCAUGGCGGCCGCAUCUUCCGCUCGUCCGACUUCGCCAAGAACUUCGUGCAGACGGAGCUGCCCUUCCACCCGCUGGUGCAGAUCUCCUACCACCCGCACAACUCCGACUGCCUGCUGGCCCUCAGCACCGACAACGGCCUCUGGGUCUCCAAGGACUUCGGGGAGAAGUGGGAGCAGAUCCACAAAGCCGUCUGCCUGGCCAAGUGGGGCGCGGACAACACCAUCUUCUUCACCACCUACCUGAACAACUCCUGCAAAGCUGAUCUUGGGUUACUGGAGCUGAAGAAAACCUCCGACUUCGGCAAAACCUUCAAGGUCAUCGGCACCAAGAUCUACUCCUUCGGGCUGGGCGGCCGCUUCCUUUUCGCCUCCGUCAUGACAGAGAAGGGCACCACGAGGCGCAUUCACGUCUCGCUGGACCAGGGCGAGACCUGGAGCAUGGCGCAGCUGCCCUCGGUGGGCCACGAGCAGUUCUACUCCAUCCUGGCCGCCAACGACGACCUGGUCUUCAUGCACGUGGAUGAGCCGGGCGACACGGGUUACGGCACCAUCUACACCUCCGACGACCGGGGCGUGGUGUACUCCAAAUCCCUGGAGCGGCACCUCUACACCACCACUGGCGGGGAGACCGACUUCACCAACGUCACCUCGCUGCGGGGCAUCUACAUCACCAGCGUCCUCUCCGAAGACAACUCCAUCCAGUCCGUGAUCACUUUUGACCGUGGCGGGGAGUGGGUGCCGCUGAGGAAGCCGAAAAACACCACCUGCGACUCCACGGCGAGGAACAAGGAGGAGUGCAGCCUCCACAUCCACGCGUCCUACAGCAUCUCCCAGAAGCUGAACGUGCCCAUGGUGCCGCUGUCCGAGCCCAACGCCGUCGGCAUCAUCAUCGCCCACGGGAGCGUGGGGGGGGCCAUCUCCGUGAUGAGCCCCGACGUCUACAUCUCGGACGACGGGGGCUACACGUGGGCGCGGAUGCUGGAGGGCCCCCACCACUACGCCAUCCUUGACUCGGGCGGCCUCAUCGUGGCCAUCGAGCACACCAGCCAGCCCGUCAACGUCAUCGAGUUCUCCACGGACGAGGGGCAGUGCUGGUACAAGUACACCUUCUCCAAGGACCCCAUUUUCUUCACCGGGCUGGCAUCCGAGCCCGGCGCCCGCUCCAUGAACGUCAGCAUCUGGGGCUUUCGGGGGAACUUCUUGUCCCGCAAGUGGGUCUCCUACACCAUCGACUUCAGCCAGCUGCUGAGCCGGAGCUGCGAGGACAAGGACUACACCAUCUGGCUGGCGCACUCCAGCGAUCCCAGCGACCCCAGUGACGGCUGCAUACUGGGCUACAAGGAGCAGUACCGGCGCCUGCGCAAGUCCUCGGUGUGCCAGAACGGCCGCGACUACGCUGUCACCACGCAGCCGUCCGUCUGCCCCUGCACCCUGCAGGAUUUCCUCUGCGAUUUCGGGUAUUACCGCCCCGAGAACCAGUCCGUGUGCGUGGAGCAGCCGGAGCUGAAGGGCCACGACCUGGAGUUCUGCCUCUACGGCCGCCGCGAGCUGCUGCGGACCAGCGGGUACCGCAAGAUCCCUGGGGACAAGUGCGCAGGGGGGGAGAGCCCCAGCCGGGAGGAGACGGACAUGAAGAAGAAGUGCACCAGCACCCUGCUGAGCCCCAGCCAGCUGGCGGCGUCCCCCAGCUCCGUGCCCAUUGUCCUGGCCGUGGUGGCCGUGCUGCUCAUCACCGCAGUCACCGGGGUGCUGCUCAUCAAGAAAUACGUCUGUGGGGGCAGGUUCCUGGUCCAUCGCUACUCCGUGCUGCGGCAGCACGCCGAGGCCAGUGGUGCAGAGGGGACGGAGGGGACGGACCCCAGCUCGCCCCCCCGCAAGGGAGGGUACCAUGACGACUCGGAUGAGGACCUGCUGGAGUAGCGGCGGGGACGGGGAUGGUGCCGAGCUGCCCCCCCCCGGCGGGCAGGGCCUGGGGGGCUUCGCUGCUGGGGGACACACGGGGGGGUUGAGUUAAUGCUGCUUUAAGGUUUCUUUCUGGCUGGUGGGGAGUCUUUUUUUGGUUUUGUUUUGUUUUGUUUUAUUUUUGUUUUGCUUUUGUGGUUUUGGUUUCUUGGCGCUUUUUUGGUUCUUUUUUUUUUUUCCCUUUUCCCUCUCUUUUUCCAUUAGCUUCUUCAAGGCCCCCGACCUGGGGGUCCUCCACCUGCAGCCCCCCCAGCCCCCUCCCAGCCCCCCUUACAGCCAGCACCCCCUGGGGGUGUGCCCCCCCCGAGCAGCCCCCCCCAGCCGCUGUCGGGCCCCUCAGGCUGCACCGUGCAGCAGUGCAGGAGGGCACGGGCAGGGAGCUGGGGGCCAGGGGCUGCCCCCCCUUCUCCAAAGCAAUACCCCCGGGCUGCCCCCACUGCCGGGGGGGGGGACACAUCCCAGCCUGGCCCCCCCCCAGGCUGCCCUUGGCCGAGGGAAACGCAGCAAUAAUGAAUUCAGGCUUGAAGCUCUUUUAACAAGGGGCCGAGGGGGGGCUCGGUCCUUGCUCCCCCCCCCCAGCUUUUACCCCGCCAGGUUUUGGUCCCAGCACUGUCACAGUCUCCUUACACUGGAAAUGCCCCCCCGGGGGUCCUGGGGCUCUCCGUGCCCCCCCCCGGCCGGGGUGCAGGGUGGGGGGGCGCAGCCACGCCGCUUGCAUGUGCUUCAGCAGCGCCGCGACGGGGGCAGCGUGUGCUCCCCCCGAGAAGCCAUAGCCCCCCCCACCCCCCCCAGCCCCUGGCCGCAGGGAGGGGUUGGGGGGACGGGGGGGGGGCGAGGCCUGUGUAGAGCCCUGUAAAUAAACCUGGAUGUGUAAUAACUUUGUACUGGCAUUUUUCUGUAUAUUUGCAAUAUUUGGGUUAUUAGAAAUAAAGCCAAAAAGGAC